AGUGCCAGUGGCGGCAGCAACACGUAGUAGCAGUCGACGGCAACGCAACGCUAAGGAGAGAUACACGGAACGUCCUUUCUUCGUACGACGCGCCGAUCACGCAGUCGCAUCAUCAUCACGGAACAUAUCCUACCCUACGCAGCAUCUUGAGUGUGUCCACCGCUACGUGUUGCCGCGCAGCUACGGAAUCAGCCGGAAGUGCGCCUGGAAGCUGAUCAAGCUUGGCCCGCUGUUUGGCAUCCCCGUGGCAGAAUGAAGCUGUACUGGAGUUUGGCUCUCGUGGGCAUCGCUUUGUCGAUGAUUUUGAUGACCGCGCGAGCGGAAGCUGAUCUAUGGGACGAGGAUGACAAGCCUCUUGAAGAGGUUCUUGUACGGACAGAGCGCGGUACUAAAGAGCGAACAUCCGGCAGCUCCUCCUCAUCGUGCAGAUAUGUAAAGGGUCAAUGGUCGGAAUGCGACUCGAAUACUAAUUUGCGGUCGCGCACUUUGAACCUUAAGAAGGGUGACAAGUCCUGUGAGCAGACCAAGAUUAUUCAGAAAAAGUGCAAGAAAGCAUGCCGAUACGAGAAAGGCACGUGGAGUGGAUGCGUGAAUCAAAUGAUGACGAGAACCGAUAAUCUGAAAGCAAACAGCGACACAUCCUGCGAAAAGACGCGACGGCUUACCAAGAGGUGUAAACCGGAGACCAAUACUAAAAAAUCCACCAAAGGUGAGCGAUCGAACAAGAAAUCGGGCAAGCAGUAAUCAUCCGCCAACUUUUAAUCAUCUUCUCUAAUUGGGCAACGAAAGCGCACUCUCAUCUCUUCGACCCCCUUUUUAUCCUAUCCUUUUCUCGAUACCUCAUAUCAAUUGAUACUUUUCUCGAUAAUUAUCAAUUGAUUGCGGGGCAGAGCACAAAUUGGAUCGCGACGAUCGCUAAUCGAAGCGCAUUUAUUACUGCCUAGGGAAUCACGCAUUUCAGAUGCAGUGACGCGUCCUGUGCUACUGCAACCUCUUUCAGGGUGCGCUCUGCCGUUGGUUAAUUAUACAAGUUAAUUGCUGUUAAUAAUUCGGAAUGGUGCGCACGUCUCGAUAAUCAUAUCUGUUCUCAACGAUAUCUCGGAGAUUCAAACUUGUCCAGGAUCGCGUUAUGCUAUUGUAUGUUUCUGGUUUUUCAUGACGCAGUUUGAAAAGAUCCAUAUUUAUUUUAAAAAAAAAAUUAUAUUUUACACUCGAGUAAAUACUUUUAUAUUUAACCCAUUGACACAAUUUCCCUCGUAGAUAAAGUUAUUGAUCGUAUAAAGGUUUUUCUAAAAAUGGACAUUGGACGCAAGAUCUUGGACGGUUAAGCCGCGCAAUCAGCCGAGGAAUCGAUUAGGAACCGAUACGUAUAACAUGUUCGAGAUGACGAAAACAUAAAAUAAGUAUGGUUACUCGUCGACACAUAUAGUGAUGCAUUUUUAUGCAAUUGAACGACCGUGAAUUCAAGAAUUUCUUGGAUAACGCGAUUAUUUUCCCAUAGCUUUUAAAUUCAGAAAAAUCUAUAAGACCUAUUGGUUUCUUUAGUAUAUUUUUGCAAACUGUGCAUCAUUGAUUGUUCGAUUAACGAGUGUAGGGCACACCAUAGAGCUCGAUUAGAAGCAGUCGCCAUUUUGGAGAUUCGCAGAAAAUAAGAUCAUCUGCCAAAGCUGUUCUCCCGUCUUCCCACUAUGAUUAUUAUUAUUAAUAUUAAUACUAUUAUUGUUUAACACACAAAAAACAGCAGUAAUCCCCCAUUCCCUUCUCCUCUUCGGCUUAGCUGCUGAUAAAAACAUGAAGCUGAUAAACUUAAAAUCAUGUACAAUAUUUGUCAUACUAAACAGCUUUCAUUCGAUUGUCACAUAAAUAUACAAUGUUCGGUGUUCAAAGUAAUUGUGUCUUGUGUCAUAUAAUACGCGCGAGAUAUUCCGGAAAUAUUACGCCGUCGCGAAGGUUCGCAAGUUUAAAUGAGGAUUCGCGUGAAUGCACGAGAAACUCAAUGGUAAUCUGUAUGAGAUUGAGGCAUCCUGAUGAGAUCUUCCACGAUAAAAACGGCGGAUCAAAAAUUCUAAAAUCAAAACAAACUGAGAUCAAAAGAGUCGUAUCAAAAUAACAAUUGUCGAGAGAAUUGAACGAGAGUAAAAUGGAAAUAUAAAUAUAUAUACAUAUAUAUUGAAAUAUAUAUCACAGAAUGUUCGCGCGAGCUUAAUGAAUUUUCCCGGAAUCCUCCGCGCCCUUCUUGACAGGACACUGUCGUCAUUUCCGAUGUUAAUAUUCGCAGUUAACGUUAUAAUAAUGUAUCAAGUGAUUACUGGCAACAUGGAAACUCGCAAGCGAAUGAGCAUGAAAAUCAAACUAAAAUAACUCGUCGUCUCGUCUCGUCAAGUACGCACGCACGCGCGUGCGAGAAAGAGAGAUCGCUGGAUAUCUUUUCGACACCAUGAAAAUCAAAUCCCUUCUCCCUCCCCACAAGAUUGUAUUUGUUUUUAAGUCUAGGUGUAUACAAAGGCUCGUCGGUGAGAGGAAGUUAAGCUGUUCGUGCGUUUGAUACUGCACGCGUGUGCGAUCCGUGUACGACGUGUUUUGAAAAAAAUGCGUAGAAUAUAUAGUGAUGCGCGGGAGGAGAGAUUAUUUUUCCUGUAAUAUUUUGCAAAUAUCAUGUUUUCUUCUAGUCUCUCCCUCUCGUAAAUGUCUAUGCUGAAGGUUUAAUUUUAACUCUAUUUUACGAUUUAAUAUCGUGGAGUUGAAAAUCAACUUUUCCAUGUGUCAAAUUUCAAAAGAAAAAAAAAAGAGAGAAAAAGAUCUCUAGAAAUUAAAAAUUAAAAAAUUUGUAGACGCCGUACGUGGACUAGCGCACGCGUCGUUAACAAGCGCCUAGUUUUAGCUCUCGUAUUACAGCAUAUCAUCAUUACGCGUAAAGCGAAUUUAUUAAUAAACUAAGAUAGAAUUAUCUGUUUUAUGGGCUCUCUUUCAGGGUGUCUAUUUAAAUCUUGUAAAAAAAUUUCCUGAGAUUUCCCUGAUUUUUCAGAUAUUUUUCUUCCGAAAUCCAAUAAAAUUAGAGAAUUUUUGAAAUAAAUUUAUUUUGUGCGCACUUUUUAAUGUUCUCUCUGUUCAUGCAAUCACGAAGGCAAAAUAAGCCAUUUAAGUUUCGAUUUUGAGAAGAUAUUGAAAAGAAUAAUCUUUAUAAGCAUUUUGUGCAUUAUAUUUCAUUCUCUCAUUAUUAAUUAUAUAAUGAAAUAAGAAAUACAAUGAAUUGUGUACUGCAAACUCACGAUUCGUAUACGAAUGUAUAUAUCAAUUAGUUGUUGCACUGAUUGUGCUAAUUUGGUCGAUCAAUGAAUUGUCAACUAUUUACGAUAAAGGCAAAAUUAUCGAAGAAACUUUUUCACAAAAUACUCUGAAUUUCACGUAGAGUUUUUUGAUUUUUCAAAAUAAAAAGUUUUCUGAGAAUUCUAGGUUUUCCCAGGGAAUAGACACCUUGUCUUCUCUAAUUACUGUCCUCGUUCUUCAACUGGUAGAUUAAAUUCCACUGAAUGACAUUUCCAACUCAAAUUACUCAAAGUUGGAGCUACAAUUCGCAAAAGAGCAAAACUACGAUCUGGUGAACGAUAAAACCAUCUCAUAUUUUAAGACAUGAUGGCCACAAGUGGGCUCGUAUAUGCCGGUUGAAAAUAUUAAAUGUUUCUGAAAUGUGAACGUUACAUCUGUUUCACUAUAAGCGCUAAUUACAUACGCAUUUUAUGACGAUGAGAUCAUCAUUUAAGCUUUAAGCAAUUUUGUAUAAAUAAAAAUAUUUUUUAGUAUCCGAAACCGUUCUACGAAAAAUAUAUGAUCUACGCAUUUUUUACAAAGUACAAUUUCAUCCUUUUUAUUUCUCGUAGAAUUCUAUAUGAUUGUAUGAAAUUUUGAAGUAAUUUUGAAGAGUUUAAAUGCAUGAUGUAAUUGUCUCUUAAUAUAUAGAACAGAUGUAACGAUGUCUCGUGCUUGACUUCUCUGUGUGGAGCUCACAGGAAGCUCUUCAUGUUUUAAUCGCAUUGUAACAUAGCAUGAUAGGAAAUACGAAUCAGUAAAAAUCUAGAGACUAAUUUUUCAGAUCCUUCGAUAAAAUUAUACAGGACGUUUCAGAAAGGGUGCACGCUAAUGAUAAAUACCUUCUUGAAGAAAUUUCGAAAUAGAUUUCUCUCUAUAAUGAUAAAAAGUUUCGUAAAUUUCAUAUAUCGAUAUCUGUAUAUCGAGACUGCAAGAAGAAAGCUCGAUUUAUUACAAAUUGAAUUAUAUAAUUUUCAUUUUAAAUUAAAAUCUUAUAGGAGAAAAGAUCCCUUUUAAAAUUUUUUUCAAGAUAAUCUUUUAUCAUCUGCGUGCACCUUUUUUUAGAACAAUUCUUAGAUAUUCUAGAUAUUAUGAUAAGAAAAUCGUUCAGAAUUUUAUUCGUUAGAAUUAAAGCCAUUUGAGCACAUGAAUUGCCGUUCUAUUACGGACUGUUGAGUUAAUCGUCGAUCUUGUUGAUGGUUUAAUCUCGUUAGUAUAAAUUUUCUAUAAAAAUUGCAAUAGAAUUUUUUAACCAUUUCUAUGGGUUCCUACAAUUACAAAAGAUUUUCUACAUGUUUUGUUAAUACAAAAAGAAUAAAUAAAUUCGAUCAUAUAUUUUCAAAAAGUACCGAUUCGUUGUACAGAUUGCAAAUAUUUUGCAAUUUAGAGAGAGAGAGAAAGAAGGAUAAAUGUUGAACAUAUGUGUUUAAUCGCGCGGUUUCAUUACUUUGAUUUUAUUCGGUCAUUCAGACCACGUAGUUUAGGACAAUUCUGAAUAAGAUGUAUCGUAGCUCUCUCUCCACGUAAAGUCGAUAAUUUUCUUUAAAAACUACUAUAAAGAUUGUAUAAUGCAUCUACUUACUUAUUGAAAUAAUUGUGUAACCAUUACACAUGUAACAAAAAUCCAAUGUUGUCAAUAAAAGUAAAAUAUUAUAUAUACAA